CACUGGACGGAAUAACAAAUUCUCCCUGAUUUUUAUUUAAACAUUAAGAAAUAAAAUUGAAACAAUUGAACAAGUGCUCGAUGGACUUGGCGCCGUGCGCUUAAUUAUCAUAAAGAAAGAUAAUCGUUAUCAGUGAAUACAGUUGCAGUUGCAUAACUUGUCAGUGCCAAAAAAAAGAGCAGCGCAAUUGCAGCAUAAUUUCAGCCAUUGAAAGUUCUCGUGGAUCUGGUGAAAUAAUUAAGAAAAGUUAAUUCUAAUACAAAUACAAAAACAGUGGGAUAAGCCCUUGUCCGGGCCCCCAACCGGCCCACGCCAGCCUUUGGGCCCCCGUCCACCAACGCGCGACGUCGCAUCGUUCGUGCCUUAAAAAAAUAUUUUUUUGUGCUCUCUGUUUUUGUAAAUCUCAAGUGCGCGUUAAUUAGUGGAUAUUUAAUCAAUCAUCAAUCGAAUUAAGCGACGAGAGAGUGUGAGAGAGCGAGAGCAUGGCCCAAAACACGGUAGAGACUUUCAUCCAUUUGAUUGCCGGCGGAUCCGCUGGCACCGUUGGCGCUGUGGUAACAUGUCCCCUGGAAGUGGUCAAGACACGUCUGCAGAGCUCCACGGCAUUCUCGACGCCAGCGUCGAGGCUUGUGGAGCCAACGGGGAGUGGACCGGCAAAUGGCAGCGCCUCGGAGCUAUUGAGGCCGGAACAACGACGUAAGCUAAGCACAACGAUAUUACGUAACAGAUCACAGCCACAGGUGAUUGGGGGUGUGCGUAGGAUUAUGGCCAUUUCACAUUGCGGCAUCUCAUCGACAACACCUAAAUCCAUGAGCAUCAUACAGUGCCUGCGUCACAUUGUCCAGAAUGAGGGUGCACGUGCCCUGUUUAAAGGUCUUGGCCCGAAUCUCGUGGGCGUUGCACCCUCUCGUGCCAUUUACUUUUGCACCUACUCACAGACCAAGAACACGCUCAACAGUUUGGGUUUCGUUGAACGUGACUCCCCGCUGGUGCACAUCAUGAGUGCGGCCAGUGCUGGCUUUGUCUCAUCCACGGCCACUAAUCCCAUUUGGUUUGUGAAGACCCGCAUGCAAUUGGACCACAACUCCAAGGUACAAAUGACUGUCAGGCAGUGCAUCGAGCGUGUGUAUGCCCAGGGCGGUAUUGCGGCCUUCUACAAGGGCAUCACGGCCAGCUACUUUGGCAUCUGCGAGACCAUGGUGCACUUUGUCAUCUACGAGUUCAUCAAAUCCAAAUUGUUGGAGCAACGCAAUCAGCGGCAAACAGACACCAAGGGCUCGCGAGACUUUUUGGAAUUCAUGAUGGCUGGCGCCGUUUCCAAGACAAUUGCCUCCUGUAUUGCGUAUCCCCAUGAGGUGGCACGCACGCGCCUGCGCGAGGAGGGCAACAAGUAUAACUCCUUCUGGCAGACGCUGCAAACGGUGUGGAAGGAGGAGGGCAGACCCGGACUGUAUAGAGGCUUGGCCACGCAGCUGGUCAGACAGAUACCGAACACGGCCAUCAUGAUGGCCACCUAUGAGGCGGUUGUCUAUGUGCUGACGCGUCGCUUGAACAACAAAUCGAACGAGUUUUAUGAUUUUUAAAUGAGAAAGCAACACCCAACCCAUACCAUCCCAGCACUCACUCCCUGGAGGGAUAGAUAGAUGGACGGAUGGAUGGUUAGUUAACAGUGAAAAGGAAGAUGGAGAUAAAGAGAAACCCAAUCUGUGCAUAUGUAGACGCGACUGCUGCAACUUAAUUGUAAUUGUAAUCCUUUUUCUAGACGAUCGAAACCAACGAGCGCAAAUUUGUUUAGUUAAAUUAGCUUCUAAGGCAAAAACCAAAACAUAAAA